UACCCCGAGAUCACUUCGCCUUUAAGAGAAUCAAGCUGCCUGGAUAAGGAUUGUCCAAACUCCAAAAUCCACGAGUUUCGUUGCGGGAUCGAUUUAUCACCCUAUUCGGACCUGAAAACUGAAUUGAUAUGGGAACUAGGUGGAGUGCCGAUCGGUCGUAUGGACAAAACAGAUCCCCGCUACUCCUAUGUGAAACAGAAAGACAAGGUUGGUCGAAGAUGA